UCGAAAAAGAGGGCGCGAGAGGCGCCAUCCUUAGGCGAGGCGAAAACCGCGACCCUCUCCCCUUCGCGCCAGUUUCUCGCGGGUAAUCGGAGAAGUAGGAGGCGGGGGAACAAAGAAAAAACGCAUCCAAGGUGAUACAGCGACGGAGAUGCUGCUGGACUCGUUGCACUUGAAAAUUUGCCGAGCUGUACACCACGGAAAAGUGGAUAAGAAAGACGCAAGUUCAACUAUCGUCAACUUGGCCGUGUCCCCCCUCCCCCUCCCCCGCCUUCUUCGCGGGCAUUUACUCGACACUCGGUUGGUGGUACGGUACGGACGGGACAAGCGCGUUGCAGUUUUUGCGCUACGGGGGAGGCGAUGCUGCCCCGGAUGCAGUCGCUACUUGACGGACGACGGAGAAGCCGAUGCACCAGGAGUCGCCACUUCCUGGAAAAAUCAAAACUUCUCCUGGUCCAUGCAUCGUACCUCACAGAAGGCACCGCAACAGUUACAAGGAUGGCCAUUUCUAUAAAAAUACGCCCGUAUGCAUUCGUCACUUGCUAAAGGAUUUCUGACUGCACGAGUGCGACGCGACGUUGUAUUGCCGUUGCUACAGACGUGUUUUGGUAAACUACUAGAACUAACUUUCCAUGUUAUACUAUUUAUUGCUGAUUUUAUAUAUUUUAUCACCUUGCCGUUUUGUACUUUUUUUAAUACUUCUGCGAUUUCUAUUUUGUA